GUUAAUCUACUUCCGUGCUCUGACGGCUGAGAGGUCUCGAAUCUUUCGGAACUUUCUUUCGCUCACACAGAGAGAGAAGCGUCGCGAGCGGCAGAGCUUAAAUUAAAUCAUGCGCUGGUUCGAGGGUUCGAUCCCGGCGGCCAUCGCGUCAGCCAAACAGCUCAGAUGUGUGUUUGUGGUGGUGAUCACAGGUAAUGAUGAUCAGUCCACUCAACUGAUGUCCAGCUGGGAGGAGGACGGUGUGUCGGAUGCAGCUCAUAAUAGUUGUGUUGCAAUUCGAGUGGACGCUCAGAGUGAAACAUGUGUGCAGUUUUCUCAAAUCUAUCCGGUCGUGUGCAUCCCAUCCUGUUUUUUCAUUGGGGAGAACGGCGUCCCGCUGGAGGUCAUCGCCGGCGCCAUCACAGCAGAGGAACUGACCCGGAGAAUCAACAAAGUCAAGCAGAUGCACACGCAGCAGAUCGAGGGCUCAACAGCAGACACAGAGAGACCAGAUCAGUCCGUCUCUCAUCUGCCGGACGCUCAGAGCACCAAUGACGUUUCAUCUAACUGCAGCUCUGCCACAUCUAAAGAAUCGCAGUCUGUGCCGGUGGAGGAAGAGAAAGCGUCGGCAGCUGAUGAGAAAAGUCUCUCGUCAGAGGAAGUGCCACAGUCAACUGAACCUCUAGAUGUCAAGGUGGAGAGGAUAACAAAGAAACUUGAGGAGAGACGUGAACAGAAGAGAAAAGAAGAAGAAGAGAACGAGUUACAGAAGGAGGUGGAGAGACGUAAAGUGGGCAAAGAGAUGCUGGACUACAAGAGGAAACAGGAGGAGGAGAAAACCAGGCGUCUGCUGGAGGAGAGAAACCGUGAGAAGGCUGAAGAGAAAGCGGCCAGAGAGCGAGUCAAACAGCAGAUCGCUCUGGACCGCGCCGACCGAGCUGCCCGUUACGCUCAGAACCAACAGGAAGCUGAAGCGACCAGAUUAGUGGCUCUGCAGGCCAGAGCGGCUGAAGAUGAACUCAAGAGAGAAGCCACACACAGAGAGCGAAGUGCGGUCGCCAGGAUACAGUUUCGUCUGCCCGACGGCUCGUCCUUCACUAACCAGUUUCCAUCAGAGACUCGCCUACAGGAAGCCAGACGCUUCGCUGCGCAGGAGGUUGGAAACAGGUAUGGUAAUUUCUCGCUGGCCACCAUGUUCCCAAGAAGAGAGUUCACAGCUGAAGAUCUGGACAGAAGUUUAUUGGAGUUGGAGCUCGCACCCAGCGCCUCCAUCGUUCUGCUUCCCCAGUCCAGUCGACCGUCUAACACUGUGGUCCACUCUUCUGCGGGUGGAGGCAUCUGGGCGAUGCUGGGCUCUUUGCUCUUCCCCCUGCUGGCCGUCUGGAGAUUCAUAAGCGGAUUUUUGUUCAGGAGUCCCCCUCCUUCUGCGCCUGCUCGACCUCAAAACCAGCAUGCGGCUAAUACCUUCAGCACAGGCUCCUCUUCCUCCUCCUCCUCUUCAGAACCAAAGCGAGAUGCAGUUCGUAAAAGAGUUCUUGAGAAAAAACCUGAGGACUUUAAGAAAGAUGGUAAGAUUUAUCGGCUCCGGACGCAGGAAGAUGAUGAAGACGACAACAACACCUGGAACGGCAACUCUACACAACAGAUGUAGUACACUAACUAACCCUCAUGUGUGUCUCUCGGAAGAAGCCUGAUUUCUUUUCUUUUGAGUCUUUAUGGGGUGCAUUAUUGGUGGCUAUUUUAUUGCUCCAAUUUCUCUUUUUGCCCCUCCUGUUCACCAGUUAUCCCCCAUCGCCCCGCAUGGGUUAUUAAUAUCAGGUCUGUGUCAUAUCUCCGUUGUGUGUGCACACUAGUUUAUUGAAAGCUGAUUCUACCAGGCUUGAAAACAGGUAAUGCGUCUGUUCCUGCGCGGACCUUUACUGUUUAUUUAUUAACUAACGCUGUGAAGUUUUGAAACGCUGCAGGUUUUUGUAACGCAAGAUCAUAGACCUCCUCGACAAUAGUAUGUCUAACAGUUAACCACAGAGCAGACUUUAACAUUUAAUGAUAGGAUUAAAGAUGUUUUCAACGAAACCCUAAAGAAAAUAAUUUUCCUCAUUGAAUUUUUGCUCGGUUUUGUUAAAAGAACAGAACUUGUCUUCAUAUUUUAAUUAUUAUGUAACUGCAAAAAUAUAAUGUAAUAAAUAUUUGAAGAAACAAUCCAUUUAGCAGCCAUUAUGUGUUGUGCUUUAUUAGUACCACAUGCAUUUUUUGUAGGCUUAUAUUAAGAUAAGAUUCUGCUGGAUUUCUGUCACAUGAUUUUUCAAAUUUUACGUUUAAAUAAUCACUGUUUAUUUUUAAAUACAAAUACAAAUCAACAUGUACCUGACACAGAUUAAAUCAACGUUUCUAUGAUUGAAAACAAUAAAACAUUUUGAAUGUGCUACAUA